AUGGCUUCUACAUCAAACACGGACACGCCGUCUGUGUCUGAUGUGGAAAAAAGCAGGAGUGGACUCUGCGAGGAGUUCGCUGCCAUAACGGGAACUGAUAGCGCCGUGGCUCAAUGCUACCUGGCUGAGAAUGACUGGGAGAUGGAGAGGGCUAUAAACUCAUUCUUUGAAGCAGACAUGGAGAGAAUAUUUGAAGAGGACUUUGAGGAGAGUGACAGCAUCCCUGAAAAAAAGAAGCAAAAGGUCCAGAAAGAAUCUCCUAAGGAGUGCAUCGAUUUAACUGGAGAGAGUCCAGCUGCACGAAAACCAUCAGAUGAAGAAAAUGAAAAACUGUCCCUGAUCUCCUGGAACGUAGAUGGACUGGACACAGACAAUCUGGCAGAGCGUGCUAGAAGCCUCUGUUCAUAUUUAGUCUUGUACACCCCUGAUGUGGUAUUCCUACAGGAGCUCAUUCCACAGUAUGUGCAGUAUUUGAAGAAACGAGCUGUCAGCUACCUCAUCAUUGAAGGUGGGGAAGAUGGCUACUUCACUGGAAUGAUGCUGAAGAAAUCUCGAGUAAAGUUCUUGGAGAGUGAGAUAGUAGUUUAUCCUUCCACACACAUGAUGAGGAAUCUGCUUGUAGCUCAGGUGACCUUUAAAGGUCAGAAGCUGUGCUUAAUGACAUCCCACCUUGAAAGCUGUAAAGGCCAUGCCCAGGAGCGGAUGAAACAGCUGCGGAUGGCGAUGGAGAGGAUGAAGGCUGCUCCUGAUGAUGUCACCGUCCUGUUUGGAGGCGACACCAAUCUGAGGGACACUGAGGUGGCCAAAGUGGGCCUCCCCUCUAGCGUCUGCGACGUGUGGGAGCGACUGGGCAAGCAGGAGCACUGCCGCUACACAUGGGACACCAAAGCCAACACCAACAAGACCGUUCCUUUCGUCAGCCGCUGUCGCUUCGACCGCAUCUACUUCCGGCCAGCUUCCAAGGAAGGAAUCCCAUGUCUGGCACCGGAUCACAUGGCCCUAAUCGGACUGGAGAAGCUGGACUGUGGCCGCUACACCAGUGAUCACUGGGGCAUUUACUGUAGCUUCGCUGCAGCAUAGAGAUGCUGUAAACAGCUGGAAGCUGCUUUAGAUCUCUUACCCUGAUCUUUUUUUUUUCUGUUUCCUGACCUUAUGCUGCUUGUUAUUAUGUGGUCUUUAUUUGAUUACGUUUAUCUCUUAAUUGUUUUAAAAGAAGCUAAUAAACUUUAAAGCUGUUUGGAAACUCCA